UCCAGGUUGGAGACAGCAGCUCGCCUUGGCGCCAGGCCGCGCCCCUAUAGUAGCCGGGUGUCGUCCCCGCCCCGCUUUCUGUCAGGCUUUGGCGCUCGCACAGUGACAACAGGGGGGAGGGCGUCCGGCUCGGAGGACCCCGGAAACGCCUGAUUCCGGGAGGCCGAGGUGCGGCAGCGGUGAUGGCUUUGGGGCCGGGUAGCUGAUUGCUGAGGUGGGAGUGGGCCCAGCGCCCGGAGUCUCAGUGGCCGCAGCUCACGAGCAACCUGCACUAUGGCCACUUCCGCCGCCUCCUCCGAGCAUUUCGAGAAGCUGCACGAGAUCUUCCGCGGCCUCCUUGAAGAUCUACAAGGGGUGCCGGAGCGGCUGCUGGGGACCGCGGGGACCGAAGCAAGGCGGCGGAUAGCUGGAUAGAGGAUGUGAGAAUGGCUAUAAGAGACUGUGUUAGGAGCUUCCGUGACAGUUGACUAGAGGAGAAGAAGAAGCUGGUCAGAGACUUUGAUGAAAAGCAGCAGGAAGCAAAUGAAACGUUGGCAGAGAUGGAGGAAGAACUACGAUAUGCACCCCUGACUUUUCGUAACCCCAUGAUGUCUAAGCUUCGAAAUUACCGGAAGGACCUUGCUAAACUCCACCGUGAGGUGAGAAGUACACCUUUGACAGCCACACCUGGAGGCCGAGGAGACCUGAAGUUUGGCACAUAUACCUUAGAGAAUGAGCAUUUGAAUCGGCUGCAGUCUCAAAGAGCAUUACUUCUGCAAGGCACUGAAAGCCUGAACCGAGCCACCCAAAGCAUUGAGCGUUCUCAUCGGAUUGCCGCAGAAACUGAUCAAAUUGGUUCAGAAAUAAUAGAAGAGUUGGGGGAGCAACGAGACCAGUUGGAACGUACCAAGAGUAGACUGGUAAACACAAAUGAAAACUUAAGCAAAAGCCGAAAGAUUCUUCGCUCUAUGUCCAGAAAGGUGAUAACCAACAAGCUGCUGCUCUCCGUCAUCAUCGUGCUGGAGCUGGCCAUCCUGGUCGGGCUGGUGUAUUACAAGUUCUUCCGACACCACUGAGCUUCCUGCAGGGGAGGCACUGUGGAGUUCUUGACUCUGAAUGAAUGGUAUUAGGGAUCUAUGUCGCUGCUGUGGGCUAACAGUUCCAGAAUGUCUUGUCAGACUAUGGGCGGGAGGGCAGUGGAAAACCACAUAAAUGAAGGAGCAGCAAUAAGAGCAAGAUGAUAUACUAAGGUAAUAAAUGCUGUUUAUGACUCCUUCAGACA